AUUCCCUCCCUCCCUCCCCGUCCGGGAUGGAUAUAUAUAAAGGUCCGAGCUCGCCAAGCUCGAGACUGCUCGCUCCAUCGACAGUUCGACACACACACCCACGCUUGCUUGCCAGCCGGGGGUUCAAUUCGAUCGAGCAACGCACAUGACGCAAGACUCCGACCAAGGUGCCGCCCGCGCCGCGUACUCGUCGUGGCCGAGCGGCGACGCCGCCGACACACCCGCGGCGCCCGUGGCGGCGGCCAUGACGCUCGGCAGCAUCCUCACCGUGGCGGGCAUCCUCCUGCUCUUCGUCGUUUUCGCCUUCGGCCUCGUCUCGCUCCAGUACUGCUUCAGCUACUGGGACAGGGAGCGGCGCCAGCAGCAGCAGGGAGCUGCCCCGACGAGCGGGCGCCGGCGGGAGCGGCGCCGCGGCGGUAGCGGGAUGGCGACCCGGAGGGCCAGCAGGGGCGGCGUCGACCCGGAGCUGCUGCGCUCGCUGCCCGUCACGGCGUACCGCGCGGCGGCGGCGCAGGGCUCGAAGGAGGAGGGCGCCGCGGCGGAGUGCGCCGUGUGCCUCGCGGAGCUCGAGGACGGCGAGGCGGCGCGGUUCCUGCCCCGCUGCGGCCACGGCUUCCACGCCGAGUGCGUCGACAUGUGGCUGGCGUCACACACCACCUGCCCGCUCUGCCGCCUCACCGUCGCCAAGCCCGACGCGCCGCCGUGCCCCGCGGCCAUGAUCCAUCCGGUCCCGCCGGAGCCCGCGAACUACGCCGCGACCCUGCCCGCCAGCGUGCUCCUCGGGGUGUCCGACCAGACCGCGGUCACCGCCGCGACCGUGACCACCGAUGGAGACACGGGCGUCCUGGUGAUCGAUAUCCCGGCGCCGACGCCGACCCCGCGUGACGCCGCCAAGUCGCCGGGCUCGGCGAGGUUGAGAUCGUCGUUCAGAAGGCUGUGGAGCUUCGGAAGGCAAGGAGGGGCGGGGGCGAGCUCCUCCUGCUCCUGUGCCGGUGAUGGCGAAGGAGCCGACUUGGAGCAGGGUGUCAGCGUUAGCACCGACCGGCGGGAGAGCACCACCAAAUUUCCGAGCUCUCUGCAAUAGUGCACAUGCAUAUUCAAUGUUACAAAAUUGACCGGAGUAACAUUUUAUUUUAGUUUUAGAAUAUGUACAUUCUUUCUAUUCGUUCAUAGAUUUUAGCACUUCCAUUUGAUGUAUUGUUCAUUGUUCUCCGUUGAACAAUCAAGGCAACGGAAAGGUCAAAGAAAUGCCUAUCUUUUUUCUUCUUUUGUAGAAAAAAAAUCAUUCAGCCGUUAUGAAAAUCAAUAAGAUGCAUUCUGCUA